AGUUUUGUCAUCAACACCUGACAUGUUCAAAAGCCUUCGCUCCAAGCUGUGCCUUGGUAAAACGCGUCGGGGUUUUCCUAGUUUGUCUAGCUAACCAUAUCCAAAGAGGGCUUGCGGGGUAAAGGACCAGUGGGGAAGCUAAUCAACGUUCCGCUCGCUGGUGAUUGCACCAUGUCUGGAACACAAAUAGGCUUAGUAGUGGUAAAAACUUGGAACGGCCUCGUCGCCGAUUUGGAGAUCUUCAGGGUUUUGGCGUUACUUGAUUGUCUUGACACGUGGGAACCAGGAAGUCUUUCAGUGAUAAUGAAGCCAGCGCAUGGGCAAGAGCCGAGGACAAGCACGUCGGACCGCGCCCCAACAGUCUCAUCCGAAGCAUCUCAGCACCCCUUGCUCUUGGGCUUCACAUGUAACGGCAGCAGCUACGCACGUAGGCUCGCCGCCCAACACGAGAGACCACAUAAGUGCUCUCAUGACUCGUUUAUCCUUCCGGCCAUGCGCCAGGCAGACUUGGAGCAGGGAACAUGGCCAGCUGCCAGGCAGUGCGUUUUUUUUCGGUUCGCAUCGCAGCUUACUCCAACACCAUUCGCAUUCGUGAUUUCAGCGCCCGACGAGCGCGCACUUAGUGGCUUAGUCCAGUCGCCGUCCUACCCCUUGCCUGUAAGAAUGAGACACGUCGGCCGAUGGCUGAGUAUAAUUAUACGCGCUUGAGAUCAGU